AUGAAUAUUAAAUCCGAGAAGAGUAGGCCGCUCAAUGUUCUCGUCGUUGACGCUGGAGGGCCAUCCGCAGUUUUCCAAAUGGAGAUGCUGGAUCUUAUGCUGAGUAAAUACCACAACGACGGUUUGGACAAUCUUCCAAACCGUCCAUCUGGGAUAUUCGAUGUGAUCUCGGCUUCUGGGAUCGCAGGAAAACUGGUUGCCAUCUUAUUUGCAGUUUUAGACUUCACUGUCUCGGAAAUGAGAGACCUACUCGUUAAAGUGUUCGAAAGCGGCUUCUAUGACACUGAGGUUUCGUCCGAGGAACGUCUCCAAAGUCUUCGGCUCAUCUUGGAGGAAGCUUUAACUUCAUUCGGGAUGUCAACCACUUCGCGCCUGUACAACGACGGACGUAGCAAAGGUUGCAAGUUGACAAGCCUUGUACCAUUGCUACGUUCGGGUGACUCUGGACCCUCUAUUAUACUUCACAACCCCAGCUCACCGGCCAACGACCUCGGAGGUGUGACAAUCAUCGACGCAGCACUUUCGACUUGCUCCUCGCUGCCUUUAUUCUUGCCAUAUAUUCUCAAGCAAGCAAAUACUGUGACGCCCAUCAUCAGCGCAGACCGCAGAUAUAGCAACCCCUUUCGCCUGUUCAUGGAACAAGCUAUCGAAGAGUUGGGAAGGGAACAACUAAUAGGUUGCAUACUUAACCUUGGAACCAACGAGGGGGUGGCCAUUUCCCCCACUAUACAACUGACCGAGCAAGCAACUGAGUUCUUCAACCAACUCUGCACUGGUGAAGACAAGAAGGGUAGGGAUAUAUUGGAACAGAUCGGUAAUUUCAAGAUCUAUCACCGCUUUAGUGUUCCCCGUGGCUUUACGGCCAAAAGCGAAGAUUCUUCUCCCACUGCAAUUGUCAAGGCAUAUAUGGAAGAGAACUCCCUUCAAGAGAAUCUUCAUCGCUGUUUACGACGCUUGAGGACUCGGAGGGAUACUGUCUCGCUGUACAAGCUUGGAAGGCACCUAGGCUUUUCAUCUGUCUUUUUCAUCGACGGAGCGUCGGAGGAGACAAUUUGCGACGGGUUGACGACAGGUAUCCGUUCUCUCGGCAUCAACGAAAAUCCCAAGUCGCUGGAAGAAGCACUUCAGUUUCUUACUCAACGACGGAAUGACGAGACUCGCUUGGUUAUUCUGGAUGGCGUCGACGAUCCAAAGCUCGAUCUUAAAAAGCACCAUGUAUCCCGAUACUCAUAUCCCGAUACUCAUAUCCCUCUGGGCCCAAUGACCAUCGACGAGUCGACAGAGAUGCUCUCCCAAGGACCGUUUGGGUCGACUUUGCCUCCACCAUCAGAAGCCACGACUCUGCAUAAGAUUGCAGACCUACUGGCUUGCCAUCCUAUCGCACUCAGACAAGCGGCGAGCUAUAUGCGCGAGUCUUCGUGCACUCCCACUCGCUACCUCGACCUCCUUCAAACCAGCAAAAAAUGCCUCUUGGAAUCUACCGCACUGUAUAACCGUGACAUGCGCGUCGUGCCCGCAUAUGCGGCUCUCGACUUGACCUGCGUCCAGCUCUCACUACGAGUGCAGAAGCUGGUUCAUUUACUUUCAUUCUAUCGUGCGCAAUUUCCUCUUCAGGUUAUACUGGAUGGGCUUAAGGUCAAGCUUUCUCCCAGAUACUUUAGAUCUUCCAAGCCGUCUUUGAAGUAUCAGACUCUUACAAAUCUUCUCGAGGAAAUAUUCAUUGGCGAUGCAACGUGGGACGAAGACAUCCUUCGAGCCACAUUUACCCUACUGCAAAAUUACGCACUCAUUACAGUUGUCGAUCUUGGAUCCACACUUCUCGUUUCCAUGCACUCUCUCACUCGUGGCUGGAUCCAAGCCAAGUUUGAUAAGAAAGUCAACGUUCGAGUUCGAGGCGGCUGCUCGUCUACUCUCGAGUUCGCCGGUACUGCCAGGGAGCUUGAGUCGCUAUCAACUCCCCAACGCUAA